GGCGUGAGCUGCAGCUCAGCAGCAGUUACGAGCACCACUGAAAGACUUGGUGGGGGAUGCCGUUCUGCGUUUAUUUAGAGUUUUGAUACUUUCGGUGAGCUACAGUAAUUUCUUUGCAACUAGGUGACGGGAUUGGUGCUGUUCUCUUUCUGGAGAGAAAGACAUCCUUGGUCAUCUAAAGCAUUGCACUCUCCUCCUGAGAGAGGCAAUGGCCACAGCGGGGAACGACUCCUUCAUUGCCGAGGGAAUGACUCCGCCACAAAGGAUCCUCUUUCCCCCGGAGAAGAUUUGCAUGGUCUGGCAGCAAAGACAGAGUGCUGGAGCAGGACUCCUCAAUGUGGGCAACACCUGCUUCCUUAAUGCUGUCCUGCAAUGCCUGACAUACACCCCGCCGCUGGCCAACUAUCUGCUCUCCCGGGAGCACAGCCAGGCCUGUCGCCAACAAGGCUUCUGCAUGAUGUGCAUCAUGGAAGCGCAUGUUAACAAGGUCCUGCGUUCAGUCAGUGCCAUCCUGCCUUUGGCUGUUCUCAGGGCUUUCAGAUUCAUAGGAGAACAUUUUCAGCUUGGCAGGGAGGAAGAUGCCCAUGACUUCUUAUGCUGUACUGUCAAUGCCAUGCAGAGAGUUUGUCUGAGUGCAAGCAACAACUUGGACAUAUCAUCUCAAUCUACUACCAUUGUCCAUCAAAUAUUUGGAGGCUUUCUGAGAUCCAGAGUCAUCUGCUUCAGCUGCAAAGCCAUUUCUGAUUCCUAUGAGGCCUUCCUGGAUGUCCCCUUGGAUAUCAAAGCAGCCUCAUCCCUCACUGCAGCUCUGGAGGACUUUGUAACACCGGAGCACCUGGAUGGGGAAAACUGCUUUAAAUGUAGCAAGUGUGAGAAGAAUGUUGCCGCCACUAAGAGGUUCACUGUCCACUGUGCACCCAAGGUUCUCACUGUGUGCCUGAAGAGGUUUGACUGCUUCACUGGUGGCAAGAUCAGCAAGGUUGUAGAGUAUCCGGAGUACUUGGAUCUUCGCCCAUACAUGUCUCAGGCAGAUGGAGAAGCACUCCUCUACUCCUUAUAUGCUGUCCUGGUGCACAGUGGUGUCAGCUGUCAUGGAGGACACUAUUUCUGCUACACAAAGGCCAGCAAUGGAUUGUGGUACCGGAUGGACGAUGAAUCUGUGCAGCUGUGUUCCAUUGACACAGUUCUCAGGCAGCAAGCCUACCUGCUGUUCUAUGCCAGAUGCUCUGAUCUGAGAAUUGGAGAAAGGGCUUCUUCCUCACUGGCACCAUCACAUGCCCCUUCCUUCCUCAGUCAGUGUGUGGCCAGCAGCAAGCAGGCGGGCUCUGUUGGACCACAGGCUCUGACUGAGAAAGAGGGAGAGAACAAGUCCUCCACGUUAUGA